CUCUGGCUAGGGACAGCCUCGCUAGGGACGGCGAAAUGGACAGAGGUCUUUAAGUGAGAAGUUGUCUUGCGACUUAGGAAACCCCUUGCACAAAGCAACCACGCUCCAUCGUUUCCACUCUACACAAUAUUUGACUUUUGUGACUCUCACCCCACGAUGUCUAGUCGGAGGACACAUUCAAGUCGGAGGACACAGCAGCGCAGAACCACUCAUACUCAUAUGGGCAGUUCUCGGACAAAUGAAGUGACCUUUGAAGAAGAAGAAGAGGAGGAGUACAUCGACAACCCCAUGCACGACUUCGAUGACGAGGAUACUUUCAGCGGCCCCAACGGAGCUGGUAGUACUGGAAAGCCUAUGAGCCGAAGGGACUAUGAGGCUCAAGCAACUGUAUUCGAUUUUCACUCUCGCUCUUCUGCGAAUCCUGCUGUGCAGCAAAGCGGCGCGCAGAGAUUUGCUCAAGGUUCUUCGUAUGGAGCAGUUGUUGAAGGCGACUUUUGGAAAUGCUUUCCGUGCAACGACAAUGGCACUGUGGACGCGUACUUUGUCAAGAAUUGUCCACGACCAUAUUGCAACAGGCCGAGGGGCAUCCGAGGGACUUUUGAAACAGUAUGGCGAUGUGCCAUUUGUAAUGACCCAAUUGAUGCGAGAUUGGGGACCUGUUAUCGUGGGUGUAGGUAGUUGUGGAUACGGGACGGGACUCAUAGGACGUUCUAAACAGUCAUUGUCAGUUGCCAACCACGUAAUUCACCCCUUUAGAUUAGGUCAACUACAAAGGCAUAUAGACCCUUUACUAGCCCGUACUUUUUGUAUUUUAGAUAUCUCAAUUCAUGCUAACUUGAC